AUGGUCGUCCUGCUCUCCUCCCAGCCACCCUCGAGCUCGCCCAGCAAUCCCGCCCUGCCCAGCACCCCGAGCAGCCAGCUCCUCCUCAAACAGCCCCCGCCCCCGCCACAGCCACCGCCACAGCCGCACCUGUCACAGCAGCUGUCACAGACCCAGCCCAGCAGGCCCUUCCCCACCCAGAUCGAGCAGGAUAUCCUCAGCCGGCCGCGCGCGGUUCCCUGUGCAUCCCUCUACGCGACCAACUUCAAGCUGGAGCCGCCCAGCCCCCACGAGGCCGCCGCCCCGCCCCAGCUCCACUUCCAGUCCCUCCUCGCCGGCCACCCGGACGGCAGCCAGGCCGACCAGCCCACUCUCAGCAGACGCUCCAGCGCAGACUCGCUCUCCCACUCUCGCCUCCAGCUCCUCAGCCUCACCCGCCAGCGCUCGCUCUCAGUCAGCCCAGACCAGGAGGACCAUCCAGCCGAUGCCCCGAACCACCGCGACCAUCCUCUGGGUCUAGAACUCGACCCGGCCCACCAUCCCCCCCUCCAAGUCCCCGCCCUCAUCGUCCCGCCCCAGUCUUCACUCUCCAGCCAUCGCACCCGCAUGCGUUCCCGCUCGAUCUCCUCCAACCAAUCUCCCUGGCCGAUUGAUCUCGCACUCUCCACUCCUGAGCAUCCCCACCAAGAUGGCGCCCUAUCGGCACUCAAGCCGCCAAGCAAGAAACCUAUCCCCCCUCCACUCGAUCUCACCCAGUUCGCAACCACCUCUCUCGACCCCGCCACCCAACUAGCGCCCCCAGACAGACCCACCUCGCCCUCCUCACCCAUCGAGAGUGCCCUGAAGCCCAGCAGUCCGCUCAUCAAGCCCGAGCAAGACCUGGUCAUCGAAGACGAGGAACGGAAAGCAGCAGAAUGGAUGGACACCUGCUCGACGUUGGGCGGAAAUCCAAACGAGGAUCAUCAUGCCCAUCCCGAAAACGCUUAUCACCGCAUCAUCGUCUCUCAACGGCUGCCUGAACUCUUGGAAGAAGUGGAUAUCUCCGAGGCUGUUGAAUAUGUUUUGCCGCUUCUGAGCGGACUAGCACAAGAUGAUGAAGCAAUUCGUGAAGCUCUUGGCCCAUCACUAUGCAACAUCAUGUGGUACUACUUCAGCAAAUGUCCAUUAGUAGAGACUGAAGAGCCACCCGUGAAUGACGUCCAGCACCGCCCAGCCACUAGUUCAUCUUCCAGGGCUGAUGCGUCGAGUUGCAGCUCGGAAUGGCCUACUGAGGAACGGCGCAAGCGACCCCAGAUAUCCAUCGGUUCUUUCACCGUCUCACUGAUCAACCUGCUCACUGAUACCAACCGAUCAAUAGGACUGCUCUCACGCUACGGCUUGCUAGCCUUUCUUUGCCGACUCUUGGAUUGUCCUUUGCCUGAGUGGUCCGAAGACAUCAGGUUGGUUGCCGGCGAACCCUACCUGCCGACCGAGUAUCACGGAAUCGAUCGCGAAGACCAUUACGAAGGAUAUCUGUUCAGUGACUCGAUCCGAAGACGCAUCGCCUACGAGCUUGUCAGCUUGGUCAUUCAUGAGCUCUGUCAGCCCUCGAAGCCUGAUCCUGCCCUUCUGCGACGCGACCGAAGCGAGGCAAGCGAAUCAGACGAAUGGGAUACUGUCCCUCUAGGCGGCGAUGAAGCUGAGCAAUCAACCAGACAGGGCUACUAUGCUCUCGAUCCAUCCAAUCCUUCUUCCAAUCUGCCUGGAGGAUCCAAUUCCCCCUCCAACUCAUCUUCAGCUCUGAAUCUGCCUCCCGUCGACAACUUCUUUUCCCGACACCUCUCAUCACAAUACUCGAGCGAGAGCCUGAACCCCAAUGAGUCUCUCGACUGCAUCCAUCGGCAGCAAGUCGGCCUGGUGGUCAUCGAGUCAAUAGCCCAAGCCCGAUGCCUCGACGCCGGUUUUAUGCACCGUAAAUUGUUGCGACAGGUGCUGGAUUUGACCCGCGAUGAAGACUGUCGAGCGCUGCGACAGCAGGCUGCCUCAACCUUGACCACAUUGAUGAUCAGUCUACCGUCCUCACUCUCAACCAGCACUUCGACCUCCCCCCCGGAUACGUUUGUUGAAAUGGAUGAAGACACGGAGAACCUCCUGAUCAAUGCAUACCGCUCUUUUGCUUCCGACAUGGACCCCGAAGUUCGAAAGCAGAUCUGUCUAGGUUUACCCGCCCUGCUAAAACUGGUCCAACAUCGACCACGAGCUGAACUCUCCCUCGAUCUGAUCCAACACUUCAGUCGUGAUGAUAAUCGGGAAGUGCGGAUCGUCGGAUAUCAGAUCUUGGGUGAACUGAUCUACGUAUUCCAUCUAGAGAAGUCCGCGGUUCCCAAAGAAAUUGUACACUACUUUCUCAGUGGGUUUGAGCCCCAUCACCAAUCGAUGUCCGAGGCCCUCGGAGACCGAAUGUCAGAUCGAAUGCGAUCGUUUGGCUGCUCGAUGGAUUUCGAUGACCCGCCUUCACUGAUGCUAGGCCCAUUUGACCAACUCAACGAUCGUUGUCAAGAUCAACUCCCGCAGACCAGUUCGUCCUUCGGAACAUCUGCAAUCACGGUCGAGGACACCGAGCGAGCCAUGUGUUGCUCCUACAACUUCCCCGCAGUCUUACUCACCUUGGGCGUUGGAAGAUGGCAGGAUCUGAGAAGCUUGUUUCUGAAGCUGGCGAUGGACGUCUCGUAUCCACCGAGGAUUCGGCGCUCGCUAGCUCGCUCGAUGCACGAACUCAUCAAGCUCAUCCGGGCCCCCGUCAAGCAAACCUGCUCGGUGGUCGUCCAUGAUUCAAUCGAGAAUUCGACUUCACUGGCCACCGAAGACUGGCUCCGCGUGCUCAAGUUCUUCUUAUUUGAGGACCCCGUUAUCAGUAACACUGAGUCAGUCUUGGAGACGCUCGAGACCAGUCUCGGCGACAUCGACGUCGAGGGAGAGUUGAGCUCGAUCAUCUGCAAAUUGACCGAGUAUUUCUGCGCUCCUGAUUCCGACUCGCUCAGAACUGUCGGCUGGACCGUCAGGGAACGUGUGAUCCUGUUGCUGCCAAAAUUGUUUGAUCACUUGAGUGAUUACUUCAUCGAAAGAGAAUGCGAUGGCUGUUUGAAGACCCUCCUUUUUGCUGGACUUAAUGAUCCCGCUGCGGCUGUAAGAGAAGCGGCCCUCCAGUUUGUUCCAAUCCUGUACAACUCCGGACGAAAUCCUGAUAAUCGGAAUUUCCAAUUGAGGCUGUUGAGCUCAUUGAAAAGACUCAGCCAAGACGCGAAUUAUCGAGUUCGAAUGAUCUACCCACGAGCAAUUUUCAACUUGGUAAAGCUACAGCUGCCUAUUGACGUCCUCGAGUCGGUUGUUUUAGAAGGCAGCAGCUUGACGGAAAUCAGCCAGGAUCGAGUUGGUGGAGUCCGGAUAGGCUUGAGUCGGUUGGUUCAUGAACUGUGUACCUCGAAUGACUACUACGGCUGUGAAAGUGGUCGACGGAUCCCCAGACUGCUGAGAAGAGUGAUCGAGAAACUUUCCAAGGAUCCGGAAUCGGUGGUCUGUUCGUUCAUUGAUGAUCUGGCCAAAGUUCGAAACCCGGACAAUGAGCCUCUACAAGACACCGAGCCAGCCGCGUUAGCCCAUGCUCAGAGAAGCAGUUCGACUGACAGAACAGUAUCCCACCUUGGUCGCUCCUGGGAUGGCAGAUCGAAUGUGGACGAUAGCAGUGGGAGCGUUCGUAUGGAAUGCCUGGAGGAGGACUCCGAGGAUGACUUGUCGGGCUCAGGGAUCCAAGUGGACGAAAGCCGGCUGAGCGAGGACGAGGGAGUGAAGAUCAGCAUCCACGAGGAUCAUAGUGAUGACGACGAAAGCACAACACCGCUUGGAGAGCGGCAGGCCCCUCUCCAAACGAGUAUCGAUGUCGCCGAUGAAAGCUUCGACUCUCCUAAUCUCUCACUCUCCUCGGUCUCUACCGACGCAAAUCUUGGAUCCUCUGAAGAGGACGAUGAAGAGGAAGAAGACCGUCUGGUUGAACAACUUUGUGGACUUCGCUGCGACGACAUGGACCGGUAUCAUGCCACAGCUUCCUCCUCCUUUACUUCGUUUCCUUCUCCCCCGCUGCAAUCUUCCUCAUGUCUCGACGAACAUCCGGAGAUGAUCGAAGAAAGGUUUCAGAACUCGACUUCUGACGAAGCCGACGUGCCAACCCAGCUCGGUAGGAAAAAAGGUCCAGCCGGGGUCCGGUCCGAGCGCUCUUCGUCCCGGAGGAGCGGCCCGAUCCGCCGAAGCGUCUCCGAGCCUGUCGGCCGCUUCCUGACCGCCUCCUCGUUCUCUUCUUCGCCUCCCCCUCAACCUCAGUCAGUGUGGUACUUGAACCCGAACCCAUCUUCCGCCCACCAACUCUCCUCUUCCGGCUCAUCAUCGUCUCCCAAAACAUCUACGCCGAAAAAUGCGGCUGCUCGGUCCCGCAACGGCUCGCCUACUACUCCCACGACCCAGUCGCGAUCUUCUCGCGGCAAAAAAGCGAGCCCAGCCGUCAACGGGCGCCGGUCUGACGGCACAAAUCGCUACGGCGCAGGCCUCGGCUCGUCGUUCCCUCUCCGUCCGGACCACCCCGAUCCGGAUCACCAGUCGGCCCAGAAGAGCACGCGCCGGAGCACUGAUCCUGCGUCAUCUGCUCGGUUCUCCUUCAUCAACUCGGCUUCUAACGCCCAUUCGUCGAUCGCUGCUGCUGAUGGGGCUGGCGCACCCGUGGGUGAACAGCUCUGGAUGCGCGAAACUGACGGCGGGUUCGUCGAGGUCGGCGAAUACUGA